GGCCUCCAGAGCAGCGAAAGCGGCCUAGCUCGGCUUAAAAAGUGUAAUGCGACAAGGCCUGGAAAAGUGCGGCCAUCCGGGCACUUGGGCCUCCUUCUUCCUUUCUUGAGAUGGCGGCGGGCGUCGCAGGGAAGGAGGAGGAGGACCCCCGCAGCCGCCUGUGCCCUCGCUGACUGAGGGGAAGCGGGGCGUCGCCGGCCGCCCAUGGCUGGAAGGAAGGGGCGUCCCUCUCUUGCCGCCGCGGAGGCUGCUGGGACUGGGACGCCGCCGGGGAAGCGUCGUCCUCCUCCUGACAGAGAGGCAAGCGCCUGAGGCCAGGAAGGGAACCAGGGAAGCUCGCUCGUGUCUCCUCAGGAAGGAGGAGAAGGUGGAGAAAAUGGCUGAAAAUGGAAACAGUGAAAGUAUGUCUGACUUGGAAAGGAAAAUGUGCCAGCAAAUUGAGUACUACUUUGGUGAUCACAACUUGCCACGGGACAAAUUUCUCCAGGAGCAGCUCAAACUGGAUGAUGGCUGGGUCACUUUAGAAACACUAAUCAAAUUCAACAGGUUAAAUCGUCUUACAAAAGACUUUAAUGUAAUAGUUGGCGCAUUAAAAAAAUCAAGGAAUGAACUUCUGGAAGUUAGUGAAGAUAACACUAAAAUCCGAAGGUCUCCAAACAAACCAUUGCCUGAAGUAACUGAACAAUAUAAGGAUGCAAUUAAAAGCAGAUCUGUGUAUAUUAAAGGGUUUCCACUAGAUGCAACUUUAGAUGAUAUCAAAGAAUGGCUAGAUCCUAAAGCCAAUGUAGAAAACAUUCAGAUGAGAAAGACACUUCAGAAAACUUUUAAGGGAUCCAUAUUCGCAGUAUUUGAUAGUGUCGAAUCUGCAAAGGCUUUUGUUGAGAUUCCAAACCAAAAGUACAAUGAUACAGAGCUGAUUAUCUUUUUCAGGGAUGAUUACUUCGCAAAGAAGAAUGAAGGCAGAAAGCGGAGCAAAUUGGAAGCAAAAGCAAAGGCCAAACAGCAGAAGGAAGAAAAACAGAAGCAAGCAGAAGAUGCUGAAAUGAAAUCCCUGGAGGAGAAGAAGGGAUGCUUGCUGAAAUUCUCUGGAGACCUGGAAGAUCAGACUUGUCGAGAAGAUCUCCAUGAAGUUUUCUCUGAUCAUGGUGAAAUCAAAUGGGCAGACUUUGUCCGGGGUGCAAAAGAGGGGAUUAUCUUGUUCAAGAGUGGUGCAAAAGAGAUACUGGACAAAGCCAAAGAAGCAAAUAAUGGGAAUUUGCAGCUGCGAGGCAAAGAUGUUACAUGGGAAGUGCUUGAAGGAGAUGGGGCAAGAGAAGCACUGAAAAAAAUCAUGGAGGGACAGCAAGAAUUGUUAAACAGAAGGAAAGGAAAAGUUUAUAAAGGGAAAGGGAAAGGUGGCAAAGGACCUCAAGGUGCACAAGCCAGAAAAGUGAAAUUCCAAGGCAAGAAAACAAAAUUUGAGAGUGAAGACGAAGAGGAGGGUGAAGACAAUGGUACAACAGAGUCAACAAGUCCUAAGAAAAGGCCACUUGAAGAUGCUGAGCAUGAAGAGUCUGCCCCGAAGCAGCUAAAAACAGAAAAUGGAGCUGGAAAUAAGGAAUAGCACUCCAAAAAGAAUUUUUUAUUCUUCUAAAAAGUUUUAAGUCAUUCCUCCAUCUUUGUCACAAGAGAAUCUAAUAAAAUCAACUUCGAUGUCCACCUGUAGAGUCCAAGAAGAACAUGAAUCUUUUGAGAUUAUUUCCUUGGAAUACUUGCUCAUUUCAACAGGCAAUUUUUCAGAGUUAAUUUUACAGUAAGAUAAAAGGAAGGGCUCAAGAAAUUGAUUCCCCUCAUUCAACUGUCUAUGAAUUUGUAUGAAUUACACUUCAACAUAUUGCGUAUUACACAAUUGUCUGAACUAAUAUGUUGCAGAAGUGGAACAAUUAAUGUAUGAAAUUACAUCACCACCUUGAGUUUCAUGGAAGGAUGGACUAAAAAAAUAAAGCAACUAUGUACAGUCAUCUUGUUCAAAUAAUUCAGGGCUAAAUUGGUUUCCAAUGUUCUCCUAGUUAAGAUAUGCAUCUACUUUUCCUUUGUACCAUAAUAACAGAAGAUGUCUUUAUUCUGUCUAGAGAAACAACUUUUUUCCUAUUAGUAAAUAGAGAAUUGGCAUAAUACUCUGCAUCUUUGGUAGUGCUGAAGUAUCUCAUCUUGAGCUUUAAGAUUAAGAGUCAUAUACCCAUCCUUGGCAUACCAGAUUUGUAUCCUUCUGUAAUAAAACUAUAUGUGGUUGUGCCCAUGUUUUAAAGGUCAUGGAUAAGCAGAGAUUAGACCACCACCACUGAUAUUCCUUGAUACUUUGCACACUAUUUGCCUUCCACUGGUGGUUAAGGAAGCUGCUUGUAUUUGCUUAUACUACCACAAAAAUGGGAAUCAUGCAGCUCUCCGGAUGCUCUGGGACUCAACCCUGCCUCAACACUGGCUGGAGGGCCACAUGAUUUCCACACACCCCCCCCCCCCCGCUUUUAAGAGAUCAGAAGGAUAGGUGAAGAUGACAAAAAUCUAAUACUACAUGUUGGAUUCAGUGGUUCCUGACUCUGAAGCGAUUAAAGACCAAGAGAUACUAUACUUCAAACUUAUGUCCAGUUUGAAAUUUGUAGUUAAAAUUGAGACCAUAUUCUGAGGGACUUCUGCAGGGCAGUUAAGAGGGCAGAUAUAGCCCUAGCUUAAAAAUGAUCACAGGUCAUCUUUUCUACACAGUUCAGUUGUUAAGGUACAAAUUCAUAUUUUUGUCUUUAUUUAGAAGUGGUUUCAUACUCACUGAUUUCUUCUUGUGAAACUUAUAUGAUGCCAGUAGGUCAUAUCUCAGUUCUUUAAAAAAUGAAACAGAAGUGGUUAAGGUGCAGGUGAUAUGCACAUUAGUGGUAUUAAACACUGGUAUUGUGUCUCUGGUAAGCACCAAAUGCUUUUGAGUAGUGAUGAAAUAAAACAAGUGAGCUGGAAACAUGAAUAGGAAGAUGAGACAGGUUUGUCCUAUUUGAAUGUUUUGCUAUGUGGGGGCAUUUAUUCUGUGCUAUUGAGAGAAUGAGAACAAAAUAUAUGCCUACAGUACAGAGGAAAGCUACCUGCGGUGUUUUGUUAUGCAGAAAUUCAAUGGGAACAGUUUUUAAAAUGUGAAUAUUUCAAAACAUUUAACGCUACCUGCUCUGCUAAAUGAUAGUGUAAGUAGGCAAACAUCUAUGCAGCUGUUACAAAAUGAUUUUCAGAAGUUUCGACAUGCAAGUUCUUAAAAAAAACAACAACUCAUGAAUAAUAAUUAUUGUAAGGCAGCCUGAGUAAAAACACAUUUUCUGCAUAAUCCUAUAUAACAGCUAUUCCACUUAUUUUAACAAAUUGAAAUUAUUUACUUCUGCAGAACAGCUUUUGUUGGGCUUCAGUACAGCCUCCCAUCUAAGCACUUAUCAACAAACCUUCAGCAGAGAAUGGUAUCACAUACAUUCAAGGCAGACCUAAAUAUGAACAACUAGUUCUUACCUGCUAAAACUUCCAUCUUCACCUUCCAUUCAUCUGCUUUCUUCUGAAUAUGCUAAGCAAUGAAGUGCAAAAUAAUUAGUGGGCAUCUUGACACCAGCAGAAUUAUGCCCAGCUUCUUUUGAAUUGAAGUAGGAGUUGGUGAUAACACCCUCCUUCUGCUUUUAAAAUAGAAUUGCUCCAAUUGCAACCAAAAAUAAAUAAUCCUAAAUCUAAACCAAAAAGAAAGCCCUAAACCCAAACCAAAAAGGAAUAAUCCUAAAUAUAAACUAUUGCAGCAUAACCAGUUAUGUCACCAUGUUCCAUGUCUGUGCUCCUCAAACUGCUCAUGAGUUCUCAUCCUACUGAGCCCUGAGAAUACAUGCAAAAUCAUAAAAUGCUUAAAAACGUACUUGCCGGGUUGAAGUUUUGUGUAAUGAAUAUACAGCUGUUCUCGCCAUUUGCAGUGCUGUUUUCAGAAAAGCCAUAUCCAUACCUAUGAAAAUAAAGAUUUGCUUCAGUUUUGAGACUAA